AUGAGAAACCAUACAAGAUUAACAACAUUCAUCCUGCUGGGAUUGACCAGUGACCCACAUCUUCAAGUUUUGAUAUUUAUCUUUCUGCUUAUCACCUACAUGCUAAGUGUAACUGGAAAUCUGACCAUCAUCCUCCUUACUUUGGUGAAUACUCAACUGAAGUCUGCUAUGUACUUUUUUCUCCAAAAUUUUUCUCUUCUAGAGAUCUCAUUCACUACGGUCUGUAUACCCAGAUUCCUUUACAGCAUGUCUACUGGAGAUAAGACCAUUACUUAUAAUGCUUGUGCUAGUCAACUAUUUUUUUUUAUCUUUUUUGGAUCAACUGAAUUUUUCCUUCUGGCCAUCAUGUCCUAUGACCGCUAUGUGGCCAUCUGCAAACCCCUACAUUACGUGACCAUCAUGAGCAGCAGAGUCUGCAGAAAAUUUGUCCUGUGCUGUUGGGUUGGAGGUUUGUUCAUCAUAAUCCCUCCACUUGGCCUAGGCUUAAAUCUGGAGUUCUGUGACUCAAAUGUCAUUGAUCAUUUUCUCUGUGAUGCCUCUCCUAUCCUCAAAAUAUCUUGCUCAGACACAUGGUUGAUAGAACAGAUGGUCAUAACCUGUGCUGUGAUGACCUUCAUCAUGACCCUUGUGUGUGUAGUUCUCUCCUACAUAUAUAUCAUCAAGACAAUCCUAAAAUUUCCCUCUGCCCAGCAAAAGAAAAAGGCUUUUUCCACCUGUUCUUCCCACAUGAUUGUUGUGUCUAUCACCUAUGGAAGCUGCAUCUUCAUUUACAUUAAACCUUCAGCAAAAAAAGAAGUGGACAUUAAUAAGGGUGUGGCAAUACUAAUCACUUCCAUUGCUCCAAUGCUAAACCCAUUUAUAUACACCUUGAGAAACAAGCAAGUGAAACAAGCAUUCACUGACUCCUGCAAAAGAAUUGCAUUUCUUUCAAAGAAAUAG